AGCCGUGCAGGACGGGAGCGAGCAGUGACCACGGACCACCACACCAUCCACCCACCGCCCCCAUUCGGCAACAACAGCAGCGGCAGCGAACGAGGGGAAACGGGCGGGCGACGACGAAGCAGCGGCAGCGGCAGCGAGAAUCCGACGCCAUAAUGGUCGGGAGGGGGGAGGCGGCGCCCUGAGCAGCAAAGGAACCGCCUUUUGCACCUGUUCUUGGGGUCUUAUCCGACGAAAUGGCCCAGCAUCAAGGGGUUCCUAAAUUUGGAAGCUGGGAGGACGAGGGUGAUCACCUUUACACACAGUAUUUUGAAAAUGCUCGUAAGGGUAAAUCUCCUGGUCAUAAGGGAGAUCCGGAAACGCCCUCGAAGGAUCCACCAUCAGCUAAAGCUUCUCCCCUGAGGACUGGGUCAGAUCCAGUGGUGCGAAAGCCCAAGGAUGAAAGACGUGCAAGCAGAGAAGAUGAUCUUCGUCGUCACGAGGCCACUGCUCGAAAGCCAUAUGCUGAGUCACCUAAUCAUAAACACGGUGAUCUUCAUACUAACUAUGAUAGUGCAGCAAGAAAAACUGGCAUGGAACGAUCGCCUUUGCAUCCUCAUCACCAAGCAAGAGUUGUAAACAAAGGAGGGGUUUCAUCUCCUUCAUGGGAACGCAGGGGUUCAUCAGAAGGAAACCGAGGAGCUGCGCCCACCACACCUGGAAGGUCCAAGAUGAGAUCAAGUGGGCAUGGAGAUGAAACGCCUGAGAGAGGAUCAGCUGUGCCCAAGUUUGGAGAAUGGGAUGAGAAGGAUCCCUCUACAGGUGAAGGUUUCACCGACAUAUUUAACAAGGUGAGGGAGGAGAAACAGUCUGGCGAUGCUCCUGUUAUCACCAGCGAUGCAGGUUAUAACCGCUCCAAUCAAGGCCGCAAAUAUGAAUCAUCGGGUUGCUCGUGUUUCAGUUGGUUCAGAAACUGAUGAAGCCGUCAUCGAAGGUUGGAUGAAUCUGUGCUGAUUGUAUCAUUGUCACAUUAGUGGUGCCCCCAUCGUGUUAUCCCUGUUGUAAUAUUGUGUAGUAGCGCGACGUGCCUGAACAUGACUUUGCGAACUUGAGGUUCAAUAGUUUGAGCUGUUUUUGCAACCUGU